AUGGCUGCGCAUGGGCACAGUGAUGGUGGCCCCACACUUGGCGUGGCCAGGGCAGGCCGUUUGCAGAGCGUCUUCAACCCUUUGGUGCCCACCUGCAUGGACCACCCCCACAGCCAAGCGGAACAGGUGGGGAGGCUUGUUCGCCUCUUUGAGCGGGAGAUCGACACGCUCGAUGGGGAGCUGGGAGGACAUCAUACCGUCGUGAAGCCGGGCUUUCCGCGCUGGGCGCGAUCUCCCGGAAGCUGUGCGGAGAAGGCCGCGGAAGUCAUCGCCUUCUACCAGCAGCAGAUCUGUGCCUUAGAAGCGCGCCUCGCUGAGCGCAAGAGGGCCCGGGCCGGAGGUUUCAGCUCCGCGACUUCCGCCAUCCUCAGCAGCGAGUCGCAAACCUCCCCAGACAGGACUCCAGCCAGCCGACUCUUCAGAUGCACUCCAGGUAAUGCUUUGCCAAGUGGCUCUGACACGUCCUUCACCACCUGGGGAGCUGUCGCUGCGGUCGAAUGGAUUGGCCAAUCCUCGGUGCAGGAGUUGAGGUUGCGCUUCGUCGGCGAGGCCGACGACUCCGAGUCCUCGGAGCAGCCGGAGCCCGGCUGGCAGCGCAAAGACCUCUUCGAGGGCGAGCACCUUUGCAUGCUGCGCGGCCGUCACCUCGGCUGGCUCAUGUGGGUCACCAGCUUCGGCCGCUGCCUGACGCUGGGAGGCGUGAAGAUCCUUAUGCUGAAUGGAAGCGAGUUUGAAGUCGUCCUCGACCGCGAAGACACGGUUCGAGAUCUGGCGGUGUGGAUCCGAAUGAACAUGAGCAUCCCCAUCGCAGUGCAGCACUUGGUCCACGAAAGCGAGGUUCUGACGGAGCCGUCACAACAGUUGUCGAAAAUCUUCCCGGGCACUGCGGCCCCUGUCGUGACGGUGCUCAGACGGCCAUACACGACCCAAGAACGAGCCGAAUUAUUUCAAAGGCUCAUCCGAUCGACGGCUGCAUGCGAGAUCGCCCAAGUUCGGGAGCUACUCAAGGAAGGCGCUCCGCUCGACUUUUCACCCGAAGAGCAGGGCCACGACACCUCGGUUUCCUUGGACCACUGGGACACCGAGGAGGCCUCUGCCGCCAAGGAGGAGCUCGACACGAAGACAAGAACGCAAGAGGACUCGAAGGAUGAGAAAGACGAGAAUCUCGAAGACGGAGAGGACGGAUCAGGCGCCUCCGAGGAAGGCGAUUCUGAGUUGCAGAGUCCGCCGGACAGCGACGAGGAAAUGGUGCAGGAGGACGCCGUCCGCCAAGUCUGCGGGGGCUUGACGCCCCUUUUCAUGGCCCUGGCUAUAGGACGCGAGGAUCUGGCCCGAGAUUUCCGACAGCUGGGUGCCAAAGAGAUGGAUUUGAGCCCCUCUUCCGAGCUUGGUGCAGCCUGGACGGCGCAGCCGCCGAACGUCCUGGAGAUCGCGCGCCACAUCGUGGCUGGUGUGGAUCCUGACACAAUGUUGCGUCGAGGCCACAGCUAA